AUGUCCAUGUUUAGGGCCAAAAAGCUCGAUCUGGGCUGCUUCGUCAAUGUCAAGAUUAUACGCGAUCACACCAAGCGGAAGGUCUUCGAGGAAUUCGAACCUCAGAGGCAGGCACUCCGGUACAUCGUCCGCAACACGGCGCUCCCGGUGCGAACGAGGGCCGAGGCCCAGCUGCAGCUGACCCAGAUGCACUGCUACACCCGGCCGACGCAGAUCCGGAACCGGUGCGUGAUGGGCGGCAAGGGGCGCGGCGUCCUGCGGGACUUUAAGCUCUCGAGGUACAACUUCAGAAUGCAGGCUCUGGAGGGCAAUAUACCUGGCGUGAAGAAGGCUAUUUAUCGAUCUGCGCUGCUUGACCUUUUCCGACCUCUUCUACUCACACAUAUCACCUUCCGAUACCUGAUACUUGGAUUCUUGCCACUCAUUUUCUUCGGCGGCAUUGUGAUCAUGUUUCGACGCCGGUGGUCGGGUCUCCCGGCCGAUCCAGUCUAUCCUGCCGAUCUGACGGAACUCGGCUACUUUGUCAACGGCGACGACGAGAUCCGCUCCAUCGAGGAUCCCAAGAAAUACUUCAAGUACUUCAUCACCAAAAACGACCGCUGGAACGAGAGACAGCGCUUCGCCCUGAAAGAAGCCAUCGAGAGACUCAUCCACGCCCGCCUCGAGGGCCUAGGCCUCGAGAAACUCCGCCUCCCCCUCGGCGCCCGCCCAGCCGACCGCCACAUCCCCAUCUUCGCGAGCGCGGACCUCGCGACCGCAGACCGCAUCGUCGUCAUCUUCGGCGAGCCGGCCCAGGACCUCGGCAUCCUCGCCCAGCGCGUGGCCUCGGGGCCGGGCGGCCUGGACAGGGGCUCGAUGGUGUCCGUCGUGCGCAGCGCCAUGACGAUCAUGGCCGGUGCCGGUGCCGACGAGGGAGAAGAUGGGAGAGGGAAAGGGAAGGGAGAGACGCGGCCGGGGAUCGUCCUCGCCAACACGGGCCAGCUGUGGUGGUGGCCCGAGGGCGGGCGGCCGCUGACGCACGCGGGCAGGCAUGCCAUGCCGAUGGCGAGCGCCGUGCACUGGGGGCGGGCGGACGGCGGGCCCCGCAACGAAGUCGCCGGGAACGAGACGGUGGGGGCGCACGUGCGGUGCGUGUUCGAGACCGUCGUCCGCGGGCUCGCGGCCCCGCGCGCCAGGAUCCACGUCGUCGCCGUCGGGGACGCGGCAGACGAGGUCGAGGCGUACCUGGAUGGCGAGGAGGCGUGGCGGGAGUGGGGACCCAGGAUGGAGUGCCUUGCGCUGCUGGGGGGGUUCUACAAGGCUGCAGAUCUGAAGUGCGAGGGGUUCAAGAGGUUUAUGAGGGAGCGAGCCCGCGCCUACGUCAUCCACGACGACCCGCUAGACUUCCCCAUCUCGGGCCCGGACGGCAACCCGAAGGAAGUGGCCUUCACCGAAUUCGGCUGCCCCGUCUACAGCGCGGGGCCCGACGCCAGCCUCGUCGAGCUGCUGCUGAUCCACACGCACCCGGCGGUGCUCGGGUGGACCCGCGAGGUGGCCCGCGCGGGCGCCGGAUACAAGAACCCGCACAUCGAGGUCGCCGCUGCGCGCGGCGCGGAGGAGGAGGGGGAGAAUGCGCUCGCCGCCGACGGGUGGGGUGGCGGUCUGGAUGGUACGCCGGUCGAGGAGGGCGGUACGUGGGAGAGCCUCGCCUCCAGCAGCAGUAACACCGGGGAGGCCGCGGCGGUGGAGAAGCGUCGGCCUUCUGUUGGCGAGGGUACCUGCGCCGGCGGAGCUUUGAAGCAGAACGAUGGUACGGGAGUGGAAGCCGCCGCCGCCGGGAACGGUCAGAUGGCGGCCACCGCCAGCGAGCGGGCGGCUGAGACGGACGGAGCCCGCGACGACGGCGUGCCGGCGCACAAGGCGGAAGUGCUCGCGCUGCUGAGCUCGAUGGAGAAGUUCGCGACCCAGCGCCUGGACGAGGCUGGUGGUGAGGAGAGAGACGACGGGGUAGUCGACGAGGGAUACUGA